AUGGCAAGUAUCAAGGUUUCUUAUCAAAAUACCUUUCGCCGCUUUUUGGUUCCAAAGACCAUUACUUGGUCAGAACUUGAGUCCAAUCUUCGGACUUUAUUCUCGCUUCCUCCCACCUUCUCUUUUGCUCUCUCCUACACUGAUGAGGACGGUGACGUAAUCACUUUGUCCUCAGAUUUAGAACUCCAAGAUAUCUUUUCUCAAGUGCAACAACCUACUACCCUGAGAUUUUUCCUUAUUCCCUAUAAUAAAAAACAAGAAGGCAAGGAAAGUAACGAUAAGCAAGUUGUUGAUCAACCUUCGCAACCUUCUUUACAUGAUUUUUCGAACUCUCAGCAGUUGACGGUGGCGGACGACGAACCUUCGUCCAUUCCAACACCUUCGUUCGUAAAGGGAAAACAGAAAGCAGAGAUUUCCAAUGAUAAUUCAGACUCGUCUAUAUUGGGUGAACAAUGCAACGAAGAACAAACGAGGGCGCCAUUCAUUGAUCUAGCGACACAAUUUCAAAAAGUAAUUGAUAAAUUACGCCCAAUGAUAGAGCAACAGCCGCAACUAAUUGAACAAGCAAACAAUAUCAUGGACCAAAUUUUGCGUAAUAUUCCAGUGGAUAUUGAUCAGUGGACUCAUUGGUUUAACGAGAAAGUUGCAGAGGCACAAAGAAAUUUCUAUAAUGUUAUAAAUAAUGAGAGUAAUGAUGAAAAACAAACGAGUUCUGCCCAACAGCAUUCUGAAGAACCGUCCUUUGAUCCACAGAAUGUUAUAAACAAUAAUUCGACUCAACAUGUGAAUCAGGCGGCCACAAGUACACCCAGAAUUUAUGAUUUUCAAAACGAACAACUUGUGGAUAAAGAGACAAAAGAAAAACUAGAAACAUUACGUUUAAUGGGAUUUUAUGAUGAUAAUAGGAACAAGGAAUUACUGAAAAUACAUCAAGGGAAUGUCGAAAGUGUGGUAGAAAUUUUGGUUGAGGAUUCUGAAUAUUCGGUAGUUGAUAAUGAGGGUCGCGGUGUUCGUAGCGUACCUGUUGGUGUUGGUUAUUCACAGGGAGCUUCUGUUCAGGCUGUGCUCGAAAGGGCUUGUAAAAAAUUAGGCAUCUACGAUUCUUGGAAUUACGCUUUAUAUAGUGAACUUUUCAAAACAUGGUUGUGUGAAACUCACUUACUCUCUUCAUAUCCUGAAGAAGAUACGUUGAUUGUACGCAAAAAAACACCCGGCUAUAUUGAAAUUGUAUAUAAUGAAGAAAAUCCCAUGAAGCGCCGAACGUCAUCUAAUACUCUAAGUCCAAAUACUGCGGCACAGACAAAACGUCGAGGUGUUUUCAGCAGUACGAAAACAUGUUUGAAGACUCGUUUUCAGACUGAAACCAUCUAUCUGACAACAAUUUUGUUUGCAAGUGACGGUAAAGUUCUAAUAACUUCCGGAAGUAGAAUGUUUCCUACCAUCGAGGUAAUACGUAACAGUAAAAUAUUUGGAAAUUUUGAGGAUGACAGUGAUGAAUUCGCCCAAGUUAUAAGAACCUCAUUGGAUUGGACAACCUCAGCAGAUAAUGAGAAAGAUGAUACUUCAAGUGAUACGGAUUCGAUUCAUUCAAAUUCAAGCACUGGCGAUUCAACUGAUUCAACACCUGCCUUCUCUCAGAAUUACUACUUCUGCGAUCACGAUACCUUAUGGUCACGUUCUUUCGCUCAAGCUGCCAUAAAGUUAAAAAAUGAGUUGUCCUUAGAAUCAUUGGGUACAAUGUAUGAACAUGUGGUACCAGUGAAUUCAACGAAAUCUAAAUUCAUUGUGUCCAUACAGCAUGUUCCGAACAGUACCAGAGAAGAAAUUGCCCCCGAUCUGCUCAAAGCUGGAAUAUUGAAAUGGAAAAAUUUCGAUGAGAUCAAUAACAUCUAUCAAAAAGAUUUUCAUCCGAUUUGGGUAAAAUACAUUGAGAACUGGUGUUCGAGGCAAACAAAAUUAUCACCCGGACUUUAUUUGGGCGUCUUAUACACUGAAAGUACACUACAAGGUAUAAAAAUUUUAGUACCAAAAGAUCGUAAACAUCUUAUUCCCCUGGAUAAAAUUCGUGAGGAGGCCACAAUAACUUCUGAGGAAGCUAGUUGGAUUAAAUCUUUGACGUGCUUGAGUCAAGCUUGUUUUAUGGACUUGGCAUCUUCAACUAGAACCGAUGAGAACAAAUCAAAUUUAGGACAGUUCCAAGCUUCGUUUGUAGAAUCAUAUCACAAAUUACAACGUGAUACAAAUUUAACGUGGGAAGUUGGCGAUAUAUACAACGAACAGACUGUGGACAUUUAUCUGGACCUACAAACAAAUCAAUUAUACACAAUGAUGGGUGAACUCGAUGAUAAUAUCACCACCGAGCAAUGCGGAACUUCCCACCUUGAUCUAUGCCUGGAUCCUAAUACAAAAAAUGGGUCCAAGAGUAGUAAACGUAGUAGCAAAUUAUCUCAACAGAUUGAUCUGAGAUUUGAGGAAAAUGCGGAAAACCGAACGAAAGGUUCGACUCCUAAAUCCGAUCAACAAUAUAACGAUAUUGAACAAAAUGAAUCGAUGAAUUAUAAAGAAGAUUUUGUGUUCGUUGUUUCUGCUGAUAACAGAGAGAAAGAUGUUGACGGCGAUAUUGUUAAUGGGGAGGCAACUUUAGCAUCAUCAAAUACAUCUUUCAACAAUAUUAAUUCCAUCAAACCGUUCGUUCGCAUCGUUUUGGUAGUUAAACCUAUGCGGCAACCUCAUCAAAUUCGUGAUCCAUAUUAUUCUACGUUAUGCAUGCUGUAUCCAUUUCCACUAUAUGAUGCUUUACAAAAUGCUGCAUUCAAUACCUCUUUGUAUGCAUGUUCUCGUCGCGCGAUGCAAAUUCUGCAAGCUAGUCGAACUUAUUUCACUCAUGAAUUGGUUCAACAUCUGCAGAAAAUUGAUAAUUUCGCUGAGAUCAAUGAGCACAAUGUAGACGAUUUCUUUUUUGACCCAGAUGAGCUCUUGAAAGUUCCUGACGAUGCAAGAAAACUUCAGCAAGCCCUUGAUAUUAUAAAAGAAGAAAUUGUUAUUCUUAGGCAACAAUGGAAUGCUGCAUCAUGGACAAUGACCGCUAUAGAGUGGGAUCGCCAAAGAACAAUGCAAGCUUAUAGUUUUGGUGGUAGAUCAAUGGGUUUAAACAUUUCGUCGAGAAAUUUAUCGCUGAAUCGUGCAACUUCUGCUCAAAAUGUUCAUCUGUCAAAUAAUAGUAAUGAAGACAACGAUGAAAGUUCCGAUCUUAAGAGCCUACGGACCAACAAAAAUGACACUGCGUCACGAAUAGAAAUUUUACGGGGUCUCAUGUUUCAUGCGCCUGAUCGUGCAUGGAACCAUAUUCAUUUCCUAGGGAUUCCUUUACCAACCUUUAGCAAUAAUAAAUUUGAUGUUUUCAAUGAAGAUUACAAUAAUAGACAGAAGAAAAAUAAUAAAUUAACCUCUAAAACUUCGAGGAACACCUCUUACAGACCUCCACCACCAAUUUUGAUGUCAUACUUAUCAUCAAUGCCUACAUUGAUACCAAUGGUCCCAGACAAAAAACGGUCGUCUGUAUCAUCAGCAUUAUCUAGUCAUUCCAGUAAUUCAAGCCAAUCAACGACAGUUCCGCCUUCAUUGCCGGCUAGAAAAAAGUCUGCAGGUCAUAGAUUAAUGAGAACCCUUGGAUUUG